AUGCCGUCGACAGAGGCCUACGUCCCCUGUUUGCAUGAUCCUCAAGUGAUACGAACGGCUAUUAUAAAACCACAAAGACUGGCCUCGCAAGAAUCGGAUCGUCUCGAGAUCUCUGGAAGGGAACUCAUCGGGGAUGACAGGUAUUUCACAUCAGCGAACGAAGUCGGAUUACAACUGUAUAAGCUGUGGCCAGGCAAGAAUCGCUUCUACCAUGGUGGUGCUAUCAUGCUGGGCCCAAGAGAAGACCUAGGAUUCAACAUCUGCCUUUGGAUGUUCGUUCUGGUACCAGCAUCGAUGUAUUUCCUUGGUGUUGCACCCUGGCUUUGGCGGGACGAUGACCGAGGCUAUGGAGUCUUCGUUGUAGCUGAGGAUACCCUUCUUUGGGUGGAAGAUGGUUCUUGUCUUGUUAGGUCGUGA